AUGGCGAUCGAUGAACCCUCUUCUCCGUUGCCAGCUCUCGACAUACCAGUCAUCGAUAUCUCCGGAUAUCUGGCAGGCGACAUCAAAGCUACCAAAACCAUUGCAUUGCAACUGAACGCAGCAGCGCAGGCUCCAGGGUUCUUCCAGAUAGUCGGUCACGAUAUCCCAGCAGAUCUGCGCGAAACGCUUCUGGACCGCGUCGUUGCCUUUUUUGCACUCCCAGCAGACCAAAAGAAUGCACUGCAUCGCAACAACUCCAAAGCCCUUCGUGGCUUCGAGACUCUUGGUGAACAACAGCUUGAACCCGGGUAUGCGGAUGUGAAAGAAGGCUUUAUGGUUGGCGCAGAAGUUGAAAGCAAGAACGCCAGAUUUUUGCAGGGACCAAAUCAAUGGCCUGCGAAAGGUCAGGGCGAUGGCCUGGAGGGCACGUUCAUGGAGUACUUCCAUAAGAUGCGCGAUCUGAGUAGGAUCAUGUUUCGACUUGUGGCUUUGAGCCUCUCUUUGGACGAAUCUUUUUUCGACGACUUUGCCUCUGGACAGGAUUCAAUCGCCAUGUGUCGUGCACACAUGUAUCCGCCAGUGUCGCUUGAAGCGUCGCUGAAGUCUCGUGGCAUCGGCGCGCACACGGACUUCGGUGCUUUGACUUUGCUGUUGCAAGACGACGUCGGUGGCUUGGAGGUCUUCCAUCGCAAGACAGAGACAUGGCAUCCAGUCAAGGUCGUCAAAGACGCAUUUGUCGUCAAUGUCGGAGACAUGCUAGAGCGAUGGACGAACAACCAUUAUACUUCAUCUCUUCACCGAGUCACAUCACCAAUCAGCGACAAGUAUCGCUAUAGCGUGGCAUUCUUCAAUGAGGGCCUCUUGGAUCAAACCAUCGAGUGUAUCCCGACAUGUUUGGCUGAUGGUGAGAUACCUUUGUAUGAGGCAGUGCGUGUAGAAGAACAUUUGCGACAAAGAUAUGGAUCAAGCUAUCUCGUUUGA